AUGAAAUUCCCAAUAGAAAACCCGAGGAAACAAGUGAACUGGGACCCGGAACAAGUGGCAGUCCAGACCAACCUGGCGCCUCCCAAGAAGGCCCAGCCCGGAGCAGUCAAGUCCAGCCUGGUCCAGUCCAGCGUCCAGACCAUGCAGAACCCCAUGGGCUGCGACCCCAAGUCCAGCGGGCACAGCCCCUUACCCCGGCUCUCCAUCUCGUCCCGCUCAGCCUCGGUGGUGACGAGCCUGGACAUGACGCAGGACCCCGCGGCGGCCCUCCACUCAGUGAUGAAGUGGCAGACGGUGCUGGCUGUGUUCGUGGUGGUGUUGGUGUACCUGGUGUGCGGCGGUUUGACGUUCAGCUUCCUCGAGGAGCCGUACGAGAGCCAGCAGAAGACCUUCAUCACCCAGAAGAAGAGGGCGUUUCUGGAGAGGCAUGAGUGUGUGAGCCGAGAGGAGCUGGACAUACUCAUCAAGCAUGCCAUCAAUGCCAUGAAUGCAGGGGUCAGUCCUCUGGGGAACGCCUCACACUUCUCAAGCUACUGGGAUCUGGACGGGGGAUUCUUCUUCGCUGGGACGGUCAUCACUACUAUAGGUUUUGGAAACAUAGCCCCCAGCACAGAGGGGGGUAAGAUCUUUUGCAUCCUGUACGCAAUCUUCGGCAUCCCCCUGUUUGGCUGCCUGCUGGCGGGCAUCGGAGACCAGCUAGGCACGAUCUUUGUCAAGAGCAUCCUCAGAGUGGAGAAGAUCUUCAAGCAAAAGCACCGUCAGAUCAGCCAGACAAAGAUCCGCGUGACGUCAACCAUCCUCUUCAUCCUGGCUGGAUGCUUGGUGUUUGUGACCAUCCCCGCGGUCAUCUUCAAACACAUAGAGAGCUGGAGCACGCUGGAGGCCAUCUACUUUGUGGUCAUCACCCUCACCACCGUGGGUAUCGGGGACUACGUGGCAGGAGGCAACCAGCACAUCGAGUACCGGGACUGGUACAAGCCCCUGGUGUGGCUGUGGAUCAUGGUGGGGCUGGCGUACUUCGCGGCUGUGCUCAGUAUGAUCGGAGACUGGCUCAGGGUGCUGUCUAAGAAGACCAAGGAGGAGGUUGGCGAGUUCAAGGCUCACGCGGCGGAGUGGAAAGCUAACGUCCGCGCAGAAUUCCGCGAGACCCGACGUCGCCUCAGUGUGGAGAUCCACGACAAACUGCAGCGCGCCGCCACCAUCCGCAGCAUGGAGCGCAGACAGCUCGGCCUGGAGCAACGCGCGCACUCCCUGGACAUGCUAUCGCCGGAGAAACGCGCCGUGUUCGCUAGCUUGGACGCAGGACGCUUCAAAACCUCCUCCCAAGAAAGCAUCGACACCAAGCUAAACAACCUCAGGCUAAAGGGCGCGUAUGAGAACCAAGGAACUGACCAAUCGCAACAGGCCGCUUCUGCGUCUGAGGAGAAUUUGUUCAAUUUGAAGUUCGGGUCGCUGGGUAAGCUAGGAAAACGCAAGAACCGCGAGCUGAGGAGGAACAUUGCGGACAACGCGAGGCGGGCGAGUGAGUGUAUCAACAAUACCAGUGCCAUAGGUGGAGAGGAGGACGAGGAAGCGAUGAAGGAGACGGGAGAGAGGAAAGAAGGAAACACAAGCCUCACAAACAUUUACGUGACAGAGCGCAGCAAGUUGAACGGAUUCUUACCCAAAGAUCGCGUCAAUGACUAA